GUGUGUUAUCUUUUUGGGGCCAAACUAAACCAGUGCUUCCAAAAACGACACUUAACACUCGUUAUAUUCCUUCCUUGUUUUCACAUCAACACCAAUCAAACACUUCUCUCUUUUUACUCUCUGUUAGGUCAUGGACUUCUUCUUCAUCAACAAUUACAACAAGCGGGUCUCUUUGAUUGUCGUAUUUCUAGUGUUUAUGCCACUAGCCAUUUCUUCGUCAAGUUAUGAUGAUCCUCUCUUAAACCCUCAUGAGCUGGGUCUAAUCCCGGUCAAAUUCCUUGACUUGAUUCAAGAAAAUGAAUUUUUUGAUUGGAUGGUGGGUAUCAGAAGGAAAAUACACGAAAACCCAGAACUGGGUUUCGAGGAAUUUGAGACCAGUAAGCUUAUCAGAGCUGAGCUUGAGAAAAUGAGUAUUUCUUACAAAUACCCAGUUGCUGAAACUGGGGUGGUUGGCUUCAUCGGGACUGGUUCACCUCCAUUUGUUGCAAUCAGAGCGGAUAUGGAUGCUCUGGCUGUGCAGGAGAGUGUGGAGUGGGAGCACAAGAGUAAAAUCCCAGGAAAGAUGCAUGCUUGUGGGCAUGAUGCACAUGUUGCCAUGCUUCUUGGAGCUGCAAAGAUACUUCAAGGGCAUCAACAUGAACUGAAGGGAACAGUCCUCCUUGUCUUCCAACCAGCCGAGGAAGGAGGUGGCGGUGCAAAGAAAAUAUUAGACACAGGAAUACUAGAGAAUGUUGGAGCCAUCUUCGGGAUUCAUGUCUCUCCUAGUCUCCCAAUUGGCUCAGUGGCUUGUAGGUCCGGCCCUAUUUUGGCCGCUGCCGGUUUUUUUGAGGCAAAAAUAAGUGGAAAGGGGGGUCAUGCUGCCAUUCCUCAGUUCACAAUAGAUCCUAUUUUAGCUGCUUCAAAUGUAAUUGUUAGUUUGCAACAUCUUGUUUCGCGUGAAGCUGAUCCUUUAGACCCACAGGUAGUUACUGUAUCAAAAUUCCAAGGAGGUGCUGCUUUUAAUGUUAUUCCAGAUUCUGUAACAAUUGGUGGCACUUUCAGGGCAUUUUCAAAAGAAAGCGUUCUUCAACUUAAAAAUCGAAUAGAAGAGGUUAUAACAAGGCAAGCCAGUGUACACAGGUGCAAUGCAACUGUCCUAUUCGAUUCAGAAAAGAAGGCUUUCAAUCCAGCAACUGUAAACGACCAAAAUCUCCAUAAACAUUUCCUAAAUGUUGCAAGUCAACUGGUGGGAGAAAGGCAGAUACAUGAAAUGCCAAUGCUGAUGGGAGCAGAAGAUUUCGCGUUCUAUCAAGAGGCAAUUCCCGGAUACUUCUUUUUCAUUGGGAUGAAGGAUCAGAAAAAGAGUGUGGAUGAACUACUACAUUCACCAAAGUUUACAUUGAAUGAAGAUGUUCUUCCAUAUGGAGCAGCAUUACAUGCAUCAUUAGCUGUAACAUACCUUCUGGAGAAUCAACCCAAGUCUCCCAAAGAAAGCUCUCAUGAUGAGCUUUGACGUGGAUCAACUUUUCUUGCUAAUAAAACUUUCAUAAAUAUUCAAGUGGCAAUUGUUUUUUUAUGCUACGAAAUUGCUUCACUUGUAAAUUUGAAUUGUUAUCAGUAAUUUCAGCAUUACUUAAGUUAAGUAAAAA